AUGGCCUGGAGAGAAUCCCCCGGCGUGCCUGGCACAUUCAAAAGACCCUUGAGCGUUUCAGAAAAGGGCAUGGUGGCGGCCGUGGAAGCUUUUCGCCCGUCACCGAGAGAACUGAUCAGGAUCAACGCCUUUGUGGAUUUCACAGUCUCCCACCGGUCACGUCUGAAAGUGAUUUCGGCCUUUCGAACGGCGUGGAAAGCGUUUCGUCUGUUGAAAUCUCCGGACAUAGCGACGACAUUCGAGGACGGGUGUGAUAAAGUGUACCAUGUACCCUCACCGUCCGAGUUGGAUGCUUGGGUGGAACGAACGUUCAUCGUGUCCGGCGAGCCUGACACGACGGUCCAAAGCGCGGUGAGGGAGAUGCAACAACGAAUCGAACUCUUGCCUGUAUGUCAACUCAUUUCGCAUUCAACCCGCGGCAGCAGUAGCAGUCUAGAAGCCGACGACGACGACGACGACGACCGGGGCAUGUUUCGAGGUACAUUGAUUCUGUAUGUUAGUCACUGGAGGACCGAGGCGGCUGGGGCGUUCAAGAUACUGGACAACAUCUUUUCAUUCGCGGCGGAUCUUUUGACAACAGAGACGACGACGACAACAACAACAACAACAACGACAAGAAAGACGUCAAGUAUCGCCGCGAGGUUGUCUUCUUAUCGACCAGGAGACGAGGUGUCCCUCUUGACGCCGGCGAUGGAAGACAUACUCAUGCCCGACAGCACCACGACGACUCCCCAGUCCAAAGGACGUGUCGCGGCGCAUUUCGAAAAGUACUUUUCCAGUUUACCGUGUGUGGAUUUUCCAAUGUCGCAUCAUCACGGGGGGGAAAGCACACCGUUUGGUCCGGUCAAGGAGAUCCGACACGUAUACAGCGUCGAUGCCACCGAGACGUUACACGCGUCUUGUAAAAGUCACGGGAUCAGUGUGACGGCGGCCAUCCACUCGGCUCACAUUGGGGCCGUGUAUUCCGCUUCAAGCUCAUCAAAUUCUCUUCAUCUCCGAGAAGAACGUGGUCAAAACGGUGACCGGGCAAUUCGCGACCGAAAAAGAAACUACGCUUGCCUCAUGCCAGCCCAAGUCCGCACCCGUCUACCUCGGUCGUCGCCGUACAGGGACCAAGGAUGUUGGUCGUCGGCGCAGAUGUUGAUGCUGGUCGUACCGCCGGGACAAGAUUUCAUCACCCGAGCCCUCGGCCUGAAGGGGCAAUACAACCUCGCAAACGACAAAGAGUGGAUGUACCAAGACUCAAAGGAGACGAGUGAGCAAGUCAGUAUGUUGGGGAGUAGGACACCACCUGAUCAACCUGUCUCGUUGGCUUAUUUUACCGGUUUGGGUGUGAUUGAUGGGGAAACGAUCAAGUCCGAAUACCAAUGUGGUGGUGGUGGUGGUGGUGGUGGUGGUGGUGGUGGUGGUGGUGGUGGUGAUGACGAUGACGACGAUGAUGAUGAGGUUGAGAAAUCACAAAUCAAGAUCAAAAUAUCAGAUUUGGACUUCUUCGCGGACCCUUUGAGUCCUGGAAUCGUCUUGAGAGCUUGGACGUUCGAGUCCAAGUUGAACAUUCAUGUGGUUUGGAACGGUUCUUAUCAUGAUGACCUUCAAAUGAGGGAGUUUAUGAAGAAUAUCGAAGAGACCUUGACGGAGGAAUUGGGGGUUGACAUGUCGAAUGAGAGGGUGGUUGUUGAAGAAAAGGAGUUUUGA